AUGCGUUGGCCCAAAUGAAUACUGUAAUCGAGUUUGUAGUCUUAGUCUUCUUUGGGUCUCAAAUUUUGCUUUCUGCUAUAUUACAACAUAUUUCAACACCGGUCAACAUCAACAGAGUUUAAAAUUUUUUGGAAAUCGGAAUUAUCUGCAAUUAUUCAAGUCUGUAUACAACGACAAGAUAUUUUUGACAUUAUAAAAACAAAAUAAAGAAUAAAGCAUGUUUUUGAGAAUUUGCCAAUCAAAAUUGCCACAAGUAUCCUUGUUGAAAUCUCCGGGUUUGUUCCGAAAUACGCAAAUUGCUAGAUCAUUUACAAACGAUGGAAAACAAACAUUUACAAGGACUGCUCGUUCUCGAGAAACUAUAACUGAAAAACUUUCGAAACCUGCUGGGGGUACUGCUUUUAACAUUGGUAAAGGCGCUGUUGCUGGUGGAUCCGCUCUAGGAUUAGGUGCCUUAUGUUUUUAUGGAUUAGGAUUGUCAUCACAAAGUGGAGCCAUCGAUCAUGUACAUAUUUGGCCGCAGUAUGUGAAAGAUAGGAUUCAUGCAACAUAUAUGUAUACUGCAGCAUCAGUGGCAUCAACCGUAGCAGCGGCUGCUGUGGCUUUGCGGUCACCAAUUGUAAUGAGAGCAGUAGCUAGCCAAAGUUGGCUCGCUAUUGGUGCCACCAUUGCAACAUUAAUGUUGUCCUCCUCGGUCGUGCUUAAUUUGCCUUAUGAGGAGGGUAAAUUUACUAUGAAGCACAUGGCAUGGUUGCUGCAUACAGCCAUCGUAGGCUCAAUAUUUGCCCCUCUAUAUCUUAUGGGAGGAGCUCUAGUUUUGAGAGCUGGUGCCUACACUGCUGGAAUAGUCGGAGGAUUGUCUACUUUAGCGGUUUGUGCUCCUAGUGAGAAAUUCCUUAUGCUAGGUGGACCACUUGCAAUUGGAUUCGGAGUCGUGUUCGCCAGUUCCAUUGCUACUCUCUUUAUUCCGCCAACAAGUGUUUUGGGAUCUGGUCUUUAUUCAGUUGCCCUGUACGGAGGUCUCAUUCUCUUUUCAAUGUUUCUUUUGUACGAUACACAAAAGGCUAUUAAAAAAGCAGAAACAUAUCCAAAGUACAACAUGAAGGGCUAUGAAGCUUAUGAUCCUAUAAACAAUGCGCUUCAUAUUUACACGGACAUUAUUAAUAUUUUUGUUCGUGUUUUCUCCAUCCUUGGUGGCGGUAAUCGCAAAUAAAAGCCGUGCGAAAUAUAGAAAAUUAAAGGUAUUUGAGGUAUAGAUUAAAUUAAAAUUUUUUAAAGUGAAUAUAAAUUAAAAAUUUAUUUAAAAGAAACAGCUUUAAACUGUAUGUAUUUUAAAGAAUGAUAAACUAAUUAAACAUUU